AUGAAGACCAAACAAAGACCAGACAAAGACCAGACAAAGAUCAGACAAAGACCAGACAAAGACCAAACAAAGACCAAACAAAGAUCAAACAAAGAUCAAACAAAGACCAAACAAAGACCAGACAAAGAUCAGACAAAGAUCAGACAAAGACGAAACAAAGACCAGACAAAGACCAGACAAAGACCAGACAAAGAUCAGACAAAAAUCAGACAAAGACCAGACAAAGGCCAAACAAAGACCAGACAAAGACCAAACAAAAACCAGACAAAGACCAGACAAAGACCAGAUGAAGACCAGACAAAGACCAGACAAAGACCAAACAAAGACCAGACAAAGAUCAGACAAAGACCAGACAAAGACCAGACAAAGACCAGACAAAGACCAAACAAAGACCAGACAAAGACCAGAGAAAGGCCAGACAAAGACCAAACAAAUACCAGACAAAGACCAGAGAAAGAUCAGACAAAGACCAGAGAAAGGCCAGACAAAGAUCAGACAAAGACCAGACAAAGAUCAGACAAAGACCAGACAAAGAUCAGACAAAGACCAGACAAAGAUCAGACAAAGACCAGACAAAGAUCAGACAAAGACCAGAGAAAGAUCAGACAAAGACCAGAGAAAGGUCAGACAAAGACCAAACAAAGACCAGACAAAGACCAGACAAAGACCAAACAAAGAUCAGACAAAGCCCCAACAAAGACCAGACAAAGAUCAUGUAAUGAAAUAGCCACCCAAACGCAACUUAAUUGA